AUGUCCGUGCGUACUAUGCUUCAGCGACGCGGGCCGUGUUUGCCCCUGGCCUACCCCAAGUCUUUGCUCCAUACUAGCAGAAUUGUUUUGGAAAAUGCAAGCACGACUAGCCAGAAAAAGGCAGCGUUUCCGGCCUCGUUUGUGCUUCCGACAGCAGUCCCCAAGAUUUCGUCGAUGGCAUCGGAAGAGUCAGUCCAUCGUCGUAAUAUCCUUGGGCUCUUAGAAGCACUAAAUCUCCCGCAAGUGGAAUACGCAUUUGCGUAUGGAUCGGGCGUAUUCAGCCAGACCGCAAAGUCCAAAUCCACCGAUGGGAAACCGCCUAUGAUUGAUUUGGUCAUUGCCGUAAAAGACCCAGCUCAUUGGCACGCCAUGAAUAUGAAAAAGAAUCCUGAUCAUUACCCAUGGUGGACCCGGUGGCUGGGAGCCCUGACUAUGCGCUCGGUACAGAACUGGGGUGCGGUCAAGGGUGACAUUGUCAAGUACGGAAUCAUCGAUACAAACAAACUGUGUGACGAUCUGCUCUAUUGGAACACGCUCUAUGCAAGUGGCCGUAUGCACAAGCCUACAGCGCGUCUCUUCGAUGCUACGAAAGACCGUGUGCCGCGAGCUGAGCAGGCGAAUUUGGCAUCUGCUUUACGCACGGCGCUCCUCCUUCUCCCGGAAGAGUUUACGGAAAAGGAACUGUACUACGCCGUGUCAUCGCUCAGUUACAUGGGUGAUUUUCGUAUGAGCGUGCCUGGCGGCGAGAACCAAAACAAGAUUCGCAACAUUGUUGAGAACCAACAACUGUGGUUCCGGGUGAUGUAUUCUGCCUUGCUCACGCGGCUUGGGUUUGUGUCCGUGACGCAGCAUGAAAACACCUUCUAUAUGAAGCAGGACAAGUCGCCUGCGAUGCGUGCUGUUGUUGCUGCGAACCUGCCUCAGACGCUUCGCAUGCGCAUCGUGAAGCAUUUCUUGUCCAAACCUGGCUUACACCCUAUUCUCGCCAAACUCAAGGAUGAAGACCCGGAGAUGCUCAUGCCCAUUCGACCUUCGGGCUUUAGCAAGCUGGGAGACACAGAGCUCACGCCUGAGGUACUUGACAAGAUGCUCGAAGACGACAGAAACAGUUUACCGAAAAAAGCCACGUCUUUCUGGUUGACGGUGGUUCAGCAGCCAUCGUUUGAAAAAGUUCUGAAGUCGGAAGUUUCCAAGAUUGUAAGCGAACCGGCACGCAAGCAAUCACUGAAGGGUUUGUAUACGGCUGGGGUUGGCCGUUCCCUGCGAUACCUGUGGUCCAAACUGAGCAAAUAUAGACAGGGGAAGAAGGAGCAGAAAUAA